UCGUGUUUUGUCUCAUCUACACUGAGCGCUAACCUUAGCAUGCCGACUUGUUGUAGGCACUAGCAGGGAAUUUAAUUGAUUGAAUUGACAGAAAGCACUGGUAGUAAACCAAUUAACCCAUUUCUGAAUUUUGUGUGUCACCUAACGUGGCUUGGAGCUCCGGCUGAGGACAGGACAGUAAAGGGUUCGGGCUUGCUUGUGUGUUGACCAUGCUGGCUGUUGACUGAAGUCCACCCCCCAAGAAGCCAAAAUGAAGAGGAGGCUCCUGCGUGGUUUACUUUCAGAAGUCUCCAUUCGCAUGGUGCUUCUCAUUGUGUUCCUUGUGACGGAACAGCUUCCUCCUUUCUACCGAGAAAUCCAAGAGGAGGAGAUGUGGCUGUAUAAAUUCCAUCGUGUGCAAAAGGACCACGUGCCCACCUUGCUUAUGUUUAGUGUAGCGUGUUUCACCCCGUUGAUCGUAAUCCUGCUUUUCACCGUCCUGAAGAAAGCAGAGAGGGGAGAUCUGAAAGAAGCCUCGCUGGCUGUGACUCUCACUCUGGUGCUGAAUGGAGUUUUCACCAACGCCAUCAAGCUCGUUGUUGGCAGGCCGCGACCCGACUUCUUCUACCGCUGUUUCCCAGACGGUCAGAUGAACCUGGAGAUGCACUGCAGCGGCGACCCAGAUGUAGUCAUGGAGGGCAGGAAGAGCUUCCCCAGUGGACACUCUUCCUUUGCGUUUGCAGGAUUGGGUUUCACGGCUCUGUACAUAGGAGGGAAGCUACGCUGUUUCAACGCAGGGGGCCAAGGCAGAGCAUGGAGGCUGUGUGCCUUCCUCACCCCCCUGCUCAUCGCGUCCAUGAUCGCCCUGUCCAGAACCUGCGACUACAAACACCACUGGCAAGACGUAUUAGUGGGCUCUCUGCUGGGUCUUGCCUUCGCCUGGCUGUGCUACAGACAACACUACCCCCCGCUGCUGGACCCCGACUGCCACCGGCCGCUGUGCCACAGAGAGACUGUUCCUGCUGCACAGGAACGCAAGCUGGUCAACUCCAACUACAUACUGCCCCUGUAGACCGGCUGCAGCCGAAUAACACUCCCCUUGCUGGUGUGAAUUAUUAUGGGUUACCUUGUAAUCCAGGGUAGUUCUGGAUUUCUCACCUCUAUGUACAGUGCUCAUACAACACAGGACUUCAUAUCCUCACAACAGCUGACCAGAUCAACUAAGCACCACAGUAAUAGUUCACUGCCCGUAGGUCUCUGCCUCAGCUGUUGUACGUCAUCUCCUUAUUGAAAGUCACCACCUCAAUGUUUUUUUUUUUUUUUGUUGUUUUUUUUUUUCCAAGAUUCAAGGCCAUGUUAAAAACCAGGGUUGACACUUGAAGGAAAAUAGAUGUGAUUUGAGUGAAACAGAAAAAAAAAAACUGGAGAGUAUCACUAUAAAACAAACUGUGAGGUUGUCGAUGCCGGCUGUGCGUAUCUGAAAGCAGCGCCUCUUGUUCGCUUGACCUUUCCGCUGUAGUUAAAACAUCGAGUGGUUAAUGACAAUGACCGGAUUGACAUUGUGUAUCUCUCGGCCUCUGCAGUUUUUCCCUCUACUGCCUCAUCCGUCUCGAGUGCUUUAAAUCUCUCUGUCUUCCUAAAGCAUAUUCUGAAUGUCACCCUGUUUCCGCGCACAGACGUCGUAUGGAAAGACUUCAUACUCGGUCGUCACUAUAAACAUCCAGAUGUAGCACAUAAAUUCAACUCUUAUUAUCACAGUUUUUUGCGAUGCCUGCUGUACUUGUUAUCAAUUCUUUGUGAUAGACGAGUGAUUAUCACUUCUCUGCUCCAGCUAGACAGCAGAGGGGCUAUCACAGAGGAGUGUGGCUGUAACAGACUAACGAGAUAUGUGUAUUUCUACAUCAGUCGUCUCAGGCAUAAGUCUGGUUCUGGUAAAGCAAACUGGCCUCCUCUCCCAACCCAAACAGUCGCUUGUUUGAAGUGUGAACUGUCAACAGUGAGUGCUUUGGGGCGAUGUGGAAGGACGGCAGUGUUUGUGGUUGGUUGAUGAAGGAGAUCCAGUGGAACCAGAUCUUUUCUGAUGAGCCUGCUUGAGGCAGGACUCACAGCGAAGGCCCAGCCUCUUCAGGUAUGUGGUGCUAGCCUGCCGGUUCUUCUGCAGGUCAGGUUUUCUAUCCUGUUAAUAGACGGUCUUCUUGGCACAUACUGUGUUUUUUUGUGUUUGUUUGCUUGUUUUGUCACCCACAACUGGUGUUUAUUUGCGGCGUUUGUGCUUUUGAGUGUCACAACCACAGUGAACCCUUCAGCCGGUGGUUGUUGCAUUUUGGUUCUCACUUUUUUGUGGUCUUUAUUCUCUCUGUGUUUUCUUGUCUUUAGGAUAAAGCUGAAAGGCUGGUUUUAAAAAAGUGGAGCAAAAAAAAAAAAAAGAUUUUUAUAUCUAUCGUUGACAUAGAUGAGAUUGUUUUCAUAACAAUCAAACCUGGUCAUGUUUUUUUUUUUUUUGUUUCUGUGUGGAAACCAGCCAAAGUUUUGAUGGGUCAAAGCACUUUGCUCAUUGCUGUGAAUCAAGCAAAAGCAAUCACAUCUCAGUGAUUCUGGACCAAACGGCUUGGUAGAAAAAAAAAAACAACAGACUAAUUUGUGCCUUUGUUUACCUCUUUUAUUUAUGGCUCUCUGUUAAUCAGUGGGGUAUAUACUGCAUGUGUGACAGUACGUGCCCUCUAGCAUUUACAUUCUGCUGUAGAAACACCUUUGGGUCUGACACUAAACUCAUGGUUGUUUGUACAGUAAUGUGGGAUUCAGUAGGUAUAGAAGUACAUCAUGCAAAUGUGACAUGUUGCCUUUUUUACCUCAGAAAAAAAACAUGGAUUUUUUUCUAUAGAUUUAAAUGGUGAUGGUGUUUGAUGGGUACAGAUCUAAUUUGUUUGUCUGGGUGGAAGGAGGUGGAACCAACAUUGAUAAGGGUAGCUAAUUGGAAACAAGCAUUUGACUUUAUACAGGUCAUCAAGACCAACAGUAUUUUAUCUCAACUUACUUUGUAAAUCUUAUUUAUAAGAUAAUGUGCAAGUCUGUAACUGUUAUAUUUAAUUUUGGGACAAGGUGAAAGUUACUUGAAUUUUAAACACGCUUGUGUUUACCCGAAAUGUGAUAAUGUUAUUUCAUGAUAAAAACAAAUCAUAUUUCUGGGCAAAUGGUUUUCUGGUAGAUCUGUCAUAUAUACAAUGCUUACUGCACCUUAUGAUGUUUGAGUACAUACUGUGGAUGAAACCGUAUUGCAUGUUCCACUGCUUAAGGGCGACAUGUUUCCCUCGUUACUUUGUCCUUGACUUUGGCAUCUAUCAGGUCACAGAGCCCUCAUAUUUCUUCCAUUGUUUUUUGUGAUUUUUUUUUUUUUUCCAGAUCUGAAGGCAGUGUUGAUUCAGGUUGUUAUUAAUGUCCGUGCGUCCUCCGAUCUCCUUCGGACCGAGUGGCAAGGGAUUAUACGAAAACUCGUCUGUUGCUUUGUUCUUGUCAUGCUGAUCAUUUGCCUUGGCUUGUAGGAUGAUAGCGGCUGCUCCUGCUGACAUGGUAUCUUGAUUGUAUAUGUUGUGAUGCUUUUACUUGAUCUUUUGGUGACUCUAAAUGAACUUUCUAAAUAAACUCAAAUCCACACUGUC